CGCCUUUUUCCCUCUUCCUUCCCACCGCGCCGCUCCCGCAGACCCUACCUAAGUUUUCCCCAAUUCAUUUGGCUCCAAUCCAUCCCCGAACAAGGCAAGAACACGGACAAGCCAAGAAGAACAACUCCCCAGCGUCUCCGGCGAGCGUUUAACUCCAUCCAGGCUUUCGAGGUACAAGAAGAAAGGCUUCUGUUCGGCCAUGGCUUUCCCAGCUCCAGCUGCUGUAUUCCUUGAUGAGAACCUGCCAAUCCAUAGAGGCAAGAGGACUGAUGGGCUGAACGCGAGGCCACUGAAACCAUCAGCAAAGCCAUCAGCAAGGAAGGCCCUGCGGGAUGUGUCCAACACCAGCAAGCCCCAAGCGCCUAGCAUUCAAAAAGGCCACCCCUUGAAGGACAGGUCCGUCCUGAAAGACAAGUCUGCUCUUCGCAGCCAAGAAGCCAUUAAGAAGAACCCACUGAGCAAGACUACAAUCUAUGCUGAUGAAGCCACCAAAAAAUGUCAUGAAUGGGCCAAGGGUGGGGUGGAGGGCACCCACUUCACUGGGAAUGAUGCUCAGAGGUUGGACAGUGACAAGAUAGACAAACGUGUCAAGAAGAAAGUGGAGAAAAUAACGUCAGCAUUGCAUGACUGGUCAGAUGUGAUAUUUGAUCCUCUGCUGUUUCCAGCUAAGGCAGUUGCACCGUUUUAUGAAGAAGUAAAUGUGCUGGAACUGGAGCCUGAGAUUCUUCCAGACAUCAGUGGGCGUCUCUCGAUUUCAGGCGAUAAGGCAAAGCUGACUGAAGAUUCUUUUGAUGAAGUUGAGCUUGACAGCUACUCAUUCCUAGAGGACAAGCCUGUUGAGUUUCAGCUGAGAGACGAGAUGAGUCUUUAUCCAUGGAGCCUGGAGUCAGUGAACUGAAGAGUCCCUCUGCCCACCUGAAAAAACUUCAAACUCCACUGCUGUCACUGCCCUUGCAACGCUGCUUGCUCAGGAGCAGUCGACUGUAGAACUAGAACGCUAGAUGCUGCUGUUCUUUUCUCCCGUCUGUUGUGAUGGAUGAACCUAACGUACUAUCGGGUUUCAGUGUUGCAGUGGAAGCAGCUUAGCUUCCUGUUUGUUUUGGCUGAGAUGCUUUUUCAGUCAGUGAUGUGUAAAUGGUCGCAUAAGAUCGUUCCUCUACUGUGAACUGUGCGGGUUUGAUCUCUGAUUUUUCAGCUUGGUCAUCGGUUAACUGUCUUUUGCCAAAAUUGAAACUUUCAUAUACACGGUUU